GCAUGUUUGCCAUCUCUGUCUGCAUUGUGUUGAACAGGAGGGCUUUUUUCGCUGACAUCGUGCUGUAGGGAUUAUAAUGCAGGGAGCACAUGCCCUCCCAGGCCAUUGUUGGCCCCUCUGUCUCUGUUGUCUUUUUUUCUACUGAGCGAGUCAAUUGAUGGAGGGAUAAAAGGCAAAAAAUAUGCACUGACAUGGCUUUCAGGACAGAGGCAGAGGGGUCAGUUGCAGAUUUGGUAGACCUACUGUUGGUGGCCUGGAACGGGUGCCAGCAGCAAACCGACCAUGAGGGCCCAGAGCAGCCCUGGAAAUAAACAGGGGACAUCUACAAGCAAGCCAUGUCUUUAAACUACAUCAAAAAUUUCUAUGAAGGAUGUCUCAGGCCUCCUACAGUGAUAGGCCAGUUCCACACCCUGUUCUUCGGCUCAGUGCGGAUGUUCUUCCUGGGCGUCCUCGGCUUUGCUGUCUAUGGGAAUGAAGCGCUGCACUUCAGCUGCGACCCCGACCGACGAGAACUCAACCUUUACUGCUACAACCAGUUCAGACCCAUAACACCACAGGUCUUCUGGGCAUUGCAGCUGGUAACAGUGUUGGUUCCCGGAGCAGUAUUCCACCUCUAUGCUGCCUGUAAGAACAUUGACCAGGAGGAGAUCCUGGAGCGACCCAUCUACACCGUCUUUUACAUCAUUUCUGUUCUCCUACGCAUCAUUUUGGAAGUCAUUGCCUUCUGGCUACAAAGCCAUCUAUUCGGCUUUCAGGUUCACCCACUGUACAUGUGCGAUGCCAGUGCUCUGGAAAAGGCUUUUAAUGUGACAAAGUGCAUGGUACCCGAACACUUUGAAAAAACCAUCUUCCUCAGUGCCAUGUACACCUUCACCAUAAUCACCAUACUUCUCUGUAUCGCGGAGAUAUUUGAGAUACUCUGCCGACGGCUCGGUUAUCUCAACAACCAAUGACAUAAAUGUGCAGAUACAGUGACUGGGGGUGAACAUGUAUGACACCAUAUCUGCCAGUUUUACUGGGCUCCUGUUAGCUACUGCUGGACUUUUAUAAAACAGGAAGCAAACAGAAGAGCUAACCCUCACCUGUGGUCCAUCGUAAGUGAGUAGCACCAAGAAAUUUGAGAAAGUUCAGCAGUGUCAGAGCUGGCAAGUCUGAAACAAUCUCUAGUUGUUUUUGACCGUAACUAUAGAUUAUGAUGAUCCCUGGUUGUAUUUCAGAUAUCAGUGGGUCAGUACUGGCUGUGUCCAGAGGUCUUGUGUGGACGUGAUGGCCAGACGAUAUUUACCUCUUACUGAACACUUGAGAGAUGGGAUAGAAAGAUUUCUGGUUUUCUUUUUUUUUCCCCCUAAAAGACAGCAAAACGUCAUGUUGCUCCUAAAACCUCUUUCCAGAUGGAUUACAGCCCAAGGAAAGCCCAGUGUCAAAGGCCUCAUGGCCUGUGACACCUCAGAGGCCCCUAACAAUCUUUUCUUGGAGAUGUACUUCAGAUCUGACUAUACAGAAGAAACCCUGGAAGCAUUAGCUGCACGCAUUUUUCUUCAGGGCCUGGCAUGCACUAAAUGCAUCACGGUUCAUCAAACCAACCUGAUGAAUCUUCUGUGGACUUUAUUCACUUAUGGAGUGCCAGCAGGGGGGCCAAUUCUACUUCAAGGUGCAAAAGGAUUUGAUAGGAAGACAUAAGGUCUUCUUGUAGUCUGUUAACAAUGCAAUUAACUGAAGAGCUAUCACAUCAUUCUGUAUAAAGUGCAGAUGAACAUAAUUGUCUAGCUUGUCUUUCAGGUGCUGACCAAAUGUGACAGGCACACCACAGAGCUGGCCACAGACUGUCACUCGCACCAUUCAUAAGAAACUGUGAUCCAGUAGCCUUACCCAUGGGCGGGUGCAUUGCAGGUGCCAUUGCUUCUGACACUUGCAUGUGUGACAGUUAUCACUUCCAAUGUGUGUCCGAUGUUGCUUCCGGUCUGUUCUGACCUUCACUUUGAUCAACACGAGCACCACAACUUUGUUGUGGAUUUUUGAUGGAGUUUUGUCUUUUCAUAUAGAAAAAGAUGGUUCUUAAACAACGUUCAACUUGAUUGUUGAGCUCUCAUGUGCUGGUCAGACCUAAAAUGCUUGAGUUUACCUCAGUGAGAUGAAAAGGCAUCUUCCUAGACCAUCGACGUGUCUUAACAAAGAUGCCAUUGCUGAAAUGGUUGCGAUGUAGUGUUUUACUCUUCAAGGUCAAGAUCUCCCCGAAGACACAAAUGAAUAUGAAAUGGGUUUGAUGUAAUGAACUACCAAAAGAAAGGAAGGAAACUUUGUAAUUUAUAUUUUAAACAUUUUUAUCAAAAUGUAUCCCCUGAAAAAUCAGGUGGUUAAAGUAGUAAUUGCAUUUGGAUAAACAAAUGUGUUGGAAUGAAAAUGUUUCAGGUAUAUAGCACUACUGCAAGUUGUAAUGAUUUUGAAGUAUCUGGAAAACAUCAAUUAUCAGUAAGAAGAAAUCCUGCUAAUUUUUUGUGAUUGGGAAUUUAAUACAGUCCUGACAAACUAGUUGAAAUCCACGAUGGAGAAGGUUCGAGGCACCGUCAGUACUUCACUUAAUUGGCAUUGAACCUUCUUGUACAACAAAAAGCUGAGACACCAGAAGAGGUUAAAAGAUGUUACUGCUGUAAAGUUCUCAACUGACAUGGACAAACUCAAAGUGGAAACUUGAUUUUUUUUAAACAUAUAUUUAUUAGCUGUUUUAUGUAGAACACACCAAGAACAAGCAAAACAAAGCCAGUAAUACAAACAUUACACCCACACACCCACAUUGACCCUGCACCAGUGCUAAAUAAAGAUGCAUAUUAACACACUUAAAGGUUUUUGAGACUCAAGACCCGACUGCUCUCAUAAGCUGUAAUAAAGUAAGUGCACACUCGCUCCAGUCGGCAGCAGUUGGGCUUUUGUCCAUGUCUGAUUCUGAACUCUUCCCUCUUCAGUGGAACUUAUGAAGGGUGUCCUCUGCCCUCCACCCUUGCUUCACCUUUUUUCUUUGCUUGAAGUAUUGAUAUGUUCUGUAAAUUUUCCUUUGGUGUCAUUGUUGAUGUAUUUUGAAAAUGAUUACCUCUCAUGUUUUAUUUUUAUCAGACAUCCAUCCAACUUUUAUGAAGUUUUCAGCAAUUUGUUCAUCUCAGGUACAAAAUUGCAUUACCAGACAAAAGUG